AUGUCUAUCCGCCGCACGGGAACGAGAAGGGUGCCUCACGGCGCACCUGGGGCUCCGAAGCCCAAGACGACGUAUCAGACGGUUCAGCAGGGCUUCAGGGAAUUGUACAAUCCUCAGAAGGAGACAGGCUCUACCAUUGAUGUUGACGUCGUCUUUGUGCCUGGACUAGGUGCUCAUCCCGAGGACAGUUGGAAGUCGGAAGCCGGCUUCAACUGGGCAACCGGAAUCUAUGAGGGCGUUACGAAAAACUCGUCUGAAUCUACCAGCAAAAAGGAUGGACUGGCGAGGGACUUCCCCAAGGCUCGCAUACUUUUGUACCAGUAUGAAUCAGCAUGGGUUGGGGAUCUCAAAGUCAAGACUUUCUUGAGAGACAUUGCCAAAUCAAUGUUGGAAGGGCUGCAAGCAAAUCGUGAAAAAAUAAGAGAUCGCCCCAUCGUCUUUAUCGGACACAGCAUGGGAGGCCUGGUUAUCGCAAAGGCUAUCACGCUUGCAGCAGAAACAUACAGGGAAAUCUUCCCAAGGCUAUUUGAGUGCAUCGCUGGAUGCGCCUUCUUUGGAACGCCGUUCGGUGGUGCUCAAGUUGCCGCUGUCGCCUCCAUGCUGGGCAAUAUCGGCGAACAACUUGGAUAUACCAAGUCGUCGGCGUUGGUGGAUAUGAUGAAGCCCGGAGACGAGAGCUUGAACGAGCUCCGAGGCGACUUGCUGCGGUUAGCUGCCAAAAUGAGCCCAGCCGUCCAGCUCUUCUGCUUCUACGAGAAUCACCCAACGGACUUUACCCAAGCAAAGCUAGGCCCGACCAUGUCGAAAAUCGCAAAGACGGUUGUUUCCAAGAAGCUGCAAGACUUCGUCUCCAGAGAGUCGGCGACAUUACCUGGGAUCCAGGAGAUGGGUCUUGCCGCCAAUCAUCGAGAUCUUGUAAAGUUUAGCGACUUCAAGGACCCCCGGUACCAACUCGUCAGAGAGCCGCUUAAGAGACUCAUUCAUGGCGCCAAUCUUGUAGCCAAAAACAGACUCAACUCAACCCGUGGAAUCGAGCCAGAGGUUGUCAACAAUGUCAUGGAGUUGCUGAACGGCGGUCAAGUCUCGAAGAAGCGCAAAAUGCUUGCGCCUCAAUUCCCCCCAUCGAUCUGGAUUCCCAAGGCGGAGGCAUACUUGGAGUGGUUGAAAGAGGAACACGAAGCGGGGAGCGCGACACUGAAGCACAGAGGACAGGCGCUGUACGUCCGCGGUCCAGAGGGCAGAGGAAAGACGCGAGCGACUAUGGCGGCCCUCCAGGACAUCGAUAACAUCAUCUCAGCCGACGAAAAGUUGAACCACGGGCGAGGACCCGCCCUCGUUGCGUACUUCUUCUGCGACCCGUCUUCGGACUUUUUGACUGCUGAAGACUUACUCAAGUCGUUGGUGCGGCAGCUCAUCGGCCAGCAAGCCACCUUGUCUGUGUACGCGAAGCACUUUGUGAAGAAGAAGGGCGAAGAUUCGUCAAAGACUUCGGCGAACCUCACGGUGGAGAACCUGUGGCAGACUCUGCAGGAUAUUCUCACAGAUGAGUUCAUUGGUCGCAGAGUCUACUUCGUCAUCAACAACUUGCACGUUCUGCCUGAAGAUGCCGAGUCAACCGUCAAGUUGAUGCGGUUUCUCAAUGCCGAGCUGCAAGAACUCAAGACAGAGGACGACAAGCGAGUGCCUACCAGAUGGUUUCUCACAAGCAGAGAAGUACAUCACGUGGAAGACUCGUUGAAGGUGGACGGAAUCCAACUCAUCGAUCUCGAGGAUGACAAGUACUGCGACCAAGUUCAGCGGGAGCUGCGCAAGGCGGCACAGGAGAAGGUGCAAGAGCUUGGUGAGACCAAGAAUUACAAUAAGGCGCUCACAUACUAUGCGAGCAGUCUGAUUGGAAAGAGGGCAUCCAACAGUCAAUGGAUCAAGCUUUCCUGCAUGCAGCUUGCGGAGCUCCCUGAAGCAGAAAGUGAUCUCAAAAUCAGACACAUGCUUGAGGGUAUGCCUCAGGAGCUCAAGGCUCUUCUGGAUGCUGCGUGGGCGCAGAUUUUUCAAUCCAACGAAAAGGAUACCGACAAGAUCAAGGAGCUGCUGCGAACGCUCGUCUUGACGUUUGAGGAGCCAACCGAGGAUGAGCUUGUUGUUUUGGCGGGUUUCCCUGCCACAGAAGCGGGUAAGGCCGAGCUUCAAGAUUUGGUGAAAAAGUGCAGGCCGCUGUUGACGGUGAAGAGGAGCGGCAAGUCUGAAAACACCAUCGGCUUCAUGGACAGGGUCGUCAAGGAACAUCUUCUGGAAAAGGAGACGUCUAGAAAGACGCUGGGUAUGUCGAAUGACGAAAGCAAGUGGCAGCAGGGCAUCAUUGCGCUGCGGUGCUUGGCGCACAUCAAGGAAGCGUUCAACUUCCCUGAGGAAGUGAAGCCUGUUGAGGAGGCUCAGAAGGAGAACGAAGAGGCAGAGACCCAGUCCACCAAGGACGAGGACGAGGAGAGUGAAGAAUCCGAAGCAGAUGGGGAGGAGAGCGCCGCUGCUGAUUCUGAUCAAGACGAUUCGGAUAGCGACACGGACUGGGACGACGAUGAAUCCACCUACGGCUACCAGCAAGACGACGAGGCCGAAGAGGCGAGAAUACUGGCCGAGAAGGUGCUGCCUUACCCCGUCAAGCACUGGCUGCACCACGCCAGCAGAGCUACGUUGGAGAUUGCGGAGGAUCUCAGCGAGGAUGACUUUUGGAAGAAGACCGAGUCUUUGAUUCGUUACCGGUGGCUCGUCGUCUACAUGUCCAUGACGAAAGUGCUCGAUGGCUUUGAACCCAAGGAGUUGACUGCUUUGCAUGUCGCAGCUGCGGUCGGAUUCAAGCAGCUUGUCUCCGCGCUCAUCCAGAACGGCCAUCAGCACGAGAUCAACAAGAGGGACAGCCUUGUCAAUACCCCUCUCCAUUUUGCCGCAUAUAUAGGCAGACCAAACAUCGUGGAUGAGCUUCUCAAAAGAGGUGCCAGUAUUGAUGAUGGUAUCGAUAUUGGCGAGCAGACCCCACUACACAUGGCUGCAUUUGCUGGCCACGUUAAAGUCAUGGAAAAGCUCAUAAAGAGGGGCGCAAAUGCCAACGCCAUCGCCAGUGAUGUCGGCCCAGUCAUGAACGCCGCCAUUUCUUCCGGUAGUCCAGAUGCCGUCAAGCUACUCGUCGAGAAACAGGUUUCGCUAGCCGUCGAGGACGAGAACAUCGACUCGCCUCUGGCGUUGGCUGGUCUCCACGCAGACCUCUCCAUGUUUGAAUACCUCACGCAAACCUACGCUGACAAGCUCCCGGCCAAGGAGUUCGACAAGGCCUUCAUUAAGGCCGCCGUCUCUGGCAGAGUGGACGUGUUCAACAAGUUACUGACUUACUCUCACCCCCAAGAGUGCUUCCAGACUGCGCUAAAGGUGGCAGCAGAGGAGGAGAACUGGGACAUUGUCAUGAUACUUCUGGAGCAGCGCAGAGGCCUCGACUGCAACGAUCUCUUCCUAAGUGCGGCAACUACGGCGGAGCAUCAAGAUAAAGUCUUGGAGGCCGUCUGGAAAUACACCAACGGCAACAUCAGACCGGAGACCCUCAACGAGAGUCUGUAUGAGGCUACGGAUCUCGAGAAAGAGUCCACAGUCAGGUUGCUGAUUGAUGACUUCAAAGUCAAUCCCAAUGCCACUGGAGACUAG